UAAACACAGAGCACGGAGCAGAGGGCUGAUAUUACAGGGUGUGGAGAGGACCUGAGCCACUGUCCAAAAGUGUUUGUGUCUCCGGAGGGGUCGCCAUGACAACAGCAAGCACAAAAGAUAAACGUGGAUUCAAUGGUCGGAGAGGUAUUUAGUAACAUGUGAAGUCACGUGAGUUUUUGUUAUUGUGUUUCAAGUCAUUUAUUUUACACUCAUAAUAGUUAUUAAUUGAAAACUUGACUUUGGUUCCCCUUGACUAAUACUAUCUAGUCUAGUGUAUUUAAAAUGCAUAAAUUAAUCUUUUGUUUUAAAAUUAACGGAUCACAUACAAAUUCUUUGAUGGGUGGCUUUUGACACAGGCUUUAAGCCUAAUCAAACUAGACAAAUCAAACUACAAGAUGGAUUGACAGCCUAUUGUAAGAUACUAGAUAAAAACAUGUUAUCAAGCUUUCAAACACUGCAAAGAAAAUAUAACUUGGAGAAAAGUUAUUUCUUUAGAUACUUGCAAUUAAGACAAUACUUAUCUUCAAAGGUGGCAAAAAAGGUGGAACUAGAAUCCAUUGAUUUAAUUAAUCUGGUAUCGCAAACAUACUCUUAGGGAUGUGCAUCUGUUAUUUCUAAAUUUUACCGUAGCCUAACAAAUAGUAGGAGAAAUUCAACUGACUAUAUUAAAAAACGAUGGGAGAAAGAAAUUAAACAGAUAUAUCAACCGAACAGUGGGGAAACAUACGUGAAACUGCUCACUCAACUUCUUGUUCUGCUUAUUGGCGAGAAUUCAGUUGGAAAAUCAUAAUUCGUUUUUUCCAUAACUCCUAAGCAACAAAUGAGUUGGAACCCGAACAGCUCUUCAUGUUGGAGGGCUUGUGGAGAUAAUGAGGCUCACCAUACCCACAUAUUUCGGACCUGUGUGAAACUGAAAACAUUUUGGAAACAUGUUGGGUCAACAAUUGGACAAAUAGCUGGUUUUGCUAUUACUCAAAAUGUGAUGACGCUAUAGAUGGGGGAUAUAUCUGAUGUUAGAUAUCUAUUGAAAAUCCAUUGUGCCUGUGCAAAAAAGGCAAAUACACAUAAAUAGCUUUAACCAGAUCCACCUAUGCUAGAAAACUGGUUAAAAAUAAUUGAAGAAACUCAUAAAAUGGAACAUCUGACAUACAUGCUAAGGUUUCACGCUGAUGUUUAUUCUGCAAGAUGGGCUAAAUGGUCUAAAUAUCACAGUGAAGUUUAGUUAAUGGCGACAAAGUGACAAAAAAAUAAUAAUAAUCUUUUGUUUUUGAACUCCAGUAUUGUAGGUCAAAAUGUGGAGGUUGAUGGCACAGACUGUCAACCUCACUUCUGUAUGUCAACCCCAGGGCAGCUGCGGCUACACUAUUCACAGCCAAGUAUGAAGGUAGCACUUUGAGAAACCUCAGCAAGUCUGUAAGGUUCAAUACAAGAACAUUAUUACGGUAUUAUUAUUACCACUUACUGCAAAAAGCUUGACCUACUGGGCUUGACGCAUGAGAUGAAAAUUAUAGGGGAGAUAAAAGGGGUAAGAAGCAACUUGUGAAGAAAAGUAAAUAGCAUGAAAGUGGCAAUAAAAACCUCUGGACUUGAAGAUAUAUGAAUGUGAAUUAGGCUGCUGGUUUGCGUUAAUGAAUGUAAUUUCUGGAACACCCUCUCAUCCACUGUUACUGCGUCCUUGGGCAAGACAUUUCAGUUGGUUCACAUACAAAAAGUGGUCAGUUAGGUAGAUAGGCAUUGUAAAUUCGUCGUGACAGCUCUUGGUUUAUACAGCAGCAGCUUGUGGUCCCUUGUAGCUGCUUUUGUUUUGUGCCACCGUUAAAAUAAACGCUGUUUCUUCUGUGUCUAUUUUCUACUCCAAUUUUUAUCCCCAGCGAACUACUUUUUCUUCUCAAGUUAGCAGCAUGGAACCACUCUCUGCUCCAGCUCAACUUUUCACUUUAGAUAUCUUCUUUUUCUUUGUUAUUUUCCUCUGCACUGCAAAAUAAAGCACCGUACUUUCCUGGCGCACCGUACAGUGGCGUCCCGGGCUCUUGAAGAUGAAUGGCUGCUGCGAUUUGCAUUGGGGUGUGGUGCCGUACCGAGGGAGAGGAGGAGAGUUACGCACGGUUAAUGUGAGCGAGCCAAAGAUGUAACUGCUGAUGUAGCCUACUCUACUGCAAACACGGACUGCGCUCGCGGGAGGGGGCGAGGAGGGAGAGACGGAGAGAAGGAGAGAGGAGAGAAAAGAGGACGCACGCACUCGUAUCAUAUCAGAACACUACAUUACACUACACCAUCGCAAAACGGAGGAGAGCGCGCCGACUUCACCUGCUCAACACUGGCUGCGUGCGACCCUCCGGCGUAGUCGUAGUCCCUUGAUGCCAGCGCGCUCAGAGACUACAACGGGAGAUCAGAGAGGUAGCCUACAGCGCUAUUCUGGCUCUACCAAAAUGCGCUUUCACGAUCACACAACUUUCUCUCUAACGUGCUGACAAGCGCGGUCACACCCCCUCCCGUUAUUUUAGCGCGGCGGAGUAAGAAGAAAGGUGCUAUAGUGCGUUAGUGCCAGCGACAUCGGGACGGUCCAAGUCGAGACCUUUGACCAUGGAGGACACGCUCACUUGCGGACACGGCACGUUCUCCCAGGUGUUCGGACGUCAGGGGCAGCUGAUGCAAGCCACAGUGCAGUCCCUGAACAGUCUGAAUGACCACAUGGCUCAGCUGAUGCCGUCCCCCUGCAGUCUGCCCGAGGAGGAUGAACCCUUUGUCCCCGGAGGGCAUGGGGACAACCUGAGACAGUCCAUGAGUCUGAUGAGACACCUGCUCACUGACGCUCAGGGGAAAAUACUUAAAAUGAUGGAGGACAACAAGCAGCUGGCUCAGAGGAUUGACGGGGCCAUCCAGUCGUCCAGUCGUGAAGUGACAAACCUGCGCUCCGAGCUGUGUGCCACCAGCCGCAGACUGGCAGAGCUGGACCCGGGUAGCCCCCCGCCUCUUGAGAACCAUCAUCUGGACUACAGAGAUUCGUCAGUGCACCGCAGACAGAAGGCCCUGGUGGCAGACAUGUGCUAUAACACAGACAUCUCCAGUCUGUCUAACUUUGGCUCUCCAGACUGCUCCCUGGGCAAAGUGCUGCUGCGUGAGGAGGUGGUGCAGCUGCAGGAGGAGGUGCAGCUGCUGCGUCAGAUGAAGGAGGUGCUGAGUCAGGACAUGGCAGAUGCUCGAGGUUCCACAAACGCUCGAGGCUCCACCAACGGCCUGUCUGCGUCUGAACUCCGCACCCAGCUUGGGGACAAGGAGCAGGAGCUGGAGCGCGCCAAAGAGGCUCUCCAAGCGAUGAAAGCGGACCGUAAGCGUCUGAAGGUGGAGAAGUCAGACCUGGUGAGCCAGAUGCAGCAGCUGUACAGCACACUGGAGAGCAGAGAGGAGCAGCUCCGCGAGUUCAUCCGCAACUACGACCAGCACAAGAAGGAGAGUGAGGAUGCUGUGAAGGUGCUGGCCAAAGAGAAGGACCUGCUGGAGCGGGAGAAGUGGGACUUGAGGAGACAGACCAAAGAGGCCACAGAAACAGCCGUGUCUCUGCGCUCUCAGAUCGACCUCAAGGAAAACCGCAUCAAAGAACUGGAGGCCGAACUCACCAUGGCUAAACAGUCCCUGGCCACUCUGACUAAGGAUGUCCCGAAGCGUCACUCUCUGGCGAUGCCCAUGGAGCCAGUGGUGAACGGGAGUCAGGAGUGGGUCAUGCAUCCAGACCUGCCCCUCACCGCCGCCAUCCGCCAGAGUCAACAGACCCUGUACCACAGCCACACCACAGACCGACCUGCUGUGGUGAGGAUCAGCCCGGGACACUCCAGACAACCCUCCGUCAUUUCAGACGCCUCUGUUGCUGAUGGCGACCGGUCGUCCACUCCAAGUGACAUCAACUCUCCGCGACACCGGACGCACUCGCUCUGCAAUUCUAUGGAGGAUUUGGAGGACCAGAAGCGUAAGAAGAAGAAGGAGAAGAUGACGUUAGGCUCCUUGUCGCGGGUCUUUACUCGGAGCAAACAGAGGAAGUCCCUGGACCCGGGUCUGUUUGAUGGUACAGCCGCCCCUGACUAUUACAUAGAGGAGGACGCAGACUGGUGAUGCAUGUGUGAGAGUGAAUGUGUACAGAGGCCUCAGAGACUGCUAAGAUCCACUGUACAGACCCAAUGUAUGUUUGUAAAUGAGAUAUAUAUUUAUAGCUGUACAUGUAUGCAUAUGUACAUAUAAAUAUAUACUUGGGGAUAUCAUGUGUAGAUGCCUCUAUGCUGUGUUAUCUUCAAAUGUCUAAUGUUUCAUGUUUUUUAUAAAUCUGGAGACUUGAAGGACUGUUUAUAUGUAAAUAAGUUAUUGUGAAACUAGUGUUUCUACUGUAAAUGUCAUUUGGAUUUGUUAGAGUUGCUUUUACCAUGCUCUUUUUGAGUUUUUCAUUAUUACCAGUCAUUUAAAUGGGGAUCUGAUUUGCUUUGAUUGUUAUUUAUAGGCUAAAUUUUGUAUUUUUUACUAAAUAUUGCAACUUCAGCGCUUUUGAUGUUAAGAACUGCCUCACUCUUUUCACUGAAACAUAUCAGAAUGUGGACAGUACGGUGGCCUCGGAGGUUCACACCAACACUAAAAUUAAUCAGUGUUGCAAGGGGGUCUGUUAUUGCCGAUUUAUUUAGUACAAUUUAGUAGGAUAGUGUUUGUAGUUGAUAAAUAGUGUGUCCACAAGUAUAAACGCUUAUUUUAGAUAUAAGGCAAAACUUUAUGGUACGACCUGUAGCUUCUGUCAAACAUCUUUAUAAAAACUGCUCAUUUUUAUCAUUGCUAGUAACCAGAAUUAUUGUGGGGUGUACAUAAUUUAUAUGCAUCUCUAUUCUAGUGUUGCUGUGAUCCUUCUGAGCCACCAUAGGGACAGUCCUAGAGGCCUCUUUCUAUUACCGACUGAAAAUAUCCAUAAAUGGCAUACCAAACGGUAAACACGAGCCUUAUGUAAACAAAUGACUAGCUCAUAGUAGCUAAACAACACCAUAGUAAGAUCUGAAAAUGCACAUCUGGCUGUUUAAAAUGCUGCGAGUGCCAAAGUUUUAAGAAUCUGUGUCCAAUUCUGUCACACUUGUGUCUGACCGUUACUACUGACUGAGACCUGUUUAACAAGUGCCAAUAGUUUUAAAGGGAAUGUGCAUUGAACCCUGCAUGAUCUCCUAUGUCUUCAAAUCCAUUCAUUGCCAAUCAAAAUAAUCCUCUCCAAAACCACCUUUCCUUUAACUAAAUGUUUUCCUUGCAUUGCAAUUAUUCUGUUCAUGUUUGUUUCAUCCCACCUCAUCUUUUACAAAUCGUGGCUCUAAUAAUAUCAGAUUUGUAAUUUAGAAGAUGUUGCAUAAAAAAAUGGAAAACUAUUGAAGUAUUUUAUUUAAAAGAUAAAAUAAGAGCUAACUAAACAUAUUUAUCUGCUGCGGUUGUUGCGGCAAGAUGUACGAAUUUUAGAAUUUCCAGAAAUGACUAUAAUUGAAAGAAAUCAUAUUUUAAAAUAAAAGAAGUAACUAAACUCCA